CCCUGGAUGACGAAAGCGUUUCCCCCUCAGCUAUUUACUGAACUUUUCGCUAUCUACUGUGCAUAUAAUAACAGCUUUGACAUAAGUUUCCAAAACGAUCAUCAAGUCAUUUGAAGACAACCGAUCGAUAGCUUGCGUCACGUGUGUAACGACAACUCUCAUACAAUGGCGAAAAGGCCAAUGUUUUCUCCUCCUACCAGUGAAAAGAGAAAGUUUGGAGAGGUGUCUUUAGACAUUUUAACGGAUGCUCUGAACGACCUCAACAAAAGAAACAAAUUCAACAUAGAGAAUGUAUCAGAUAUCUGUGGAAGUUUCAAAGAUCGGAGAAUAGUGGAGAGUGUAUUUCUUCUGUGUGAUGAGCUUGGACUUGACCCAGUGGUUGGAUACAAUGCCAUUGAGUUACUGGAGAGGUGUAUGGCAAAACAUCUUGAAGAACUAAUGCUCUGCCAGAAGAGUCAGGCUACACAAGACCCAUCAUGUGGAGACAAAGGAAACUGUGAGGAUCUCAUCUUUCAAACACUGAAGGAGAAGUUCUUUCUCUUCAUCCUCUCAAGUGUUCAGAUAGCCAGCAAACUGGACCUGCAUUCUAAUCUUGUUAACAACAACACUGCAAUGAGAUGGCUGCAGGCGGUCAGCUACCCUUGUUCCAAAGAGAAACUUCUGGACACUGAGAUUUUCAUUUUGAAAACUCUCAACUUCGAUUUGAAUGUUCCAAAUCCUUUAAUGUAUGUGGAUACCCUUUUGGAAGUGCUGGGCCAUAAUGAUCCAACAGCCCCUGUGGCACAUCUGCACCACCUCUGCAUCUAUGUACUGCAGUUCAUUUACCUGCAGAGGGAGCCAAUCUACCACUCAUUGCUCAUAUCUGCCACUGGAUGCCCCAGCCCAACCCAUGAGCAAAGAGCCAAGUUUGUGUCAGUGACAGAAGACUUCAUGCUUUUGGGAGUUGGAGUCAUUGCCGUGGCUGCCUUCAUUCAUCAUAUUUCCACAUGGGAAAAGUCGUUUUAGGGUUGACAUUACAUCAUCAUGGCAAAGAAGUUGUAAAAUUGGCUAUAACUUUACACAGAAAUGGUAAGUAAAUUAUUUUAUCACACUAAUAUCAAGUUUACAUGCAUAUUGUUUUUGUUUUGUGGCUAUACUUUUGAAAAAGUGUUUAACGUCCAAAAAUUGGUCCCCAUUCACUUGCAUUGUAAGUGCCUCACUGUAACCCAGAUUUUUGCUUUAAAAAAAAAAGGAGGGGCAAGUCAAAAAUAAUUUUUGUGUUUAUCAACAUUACGCCUCAAAUGCUGUCGAUUGAGCUUGACUUGUAUUGAACCCGGAAUAUUUCUUUAAUAUCAUUAUUCAAGUGUUUUAUAAUUGUAAUAAUCUACUAUUAUUACAUGGCUCUCAUAUAUAUAUAUAUAUAUAUAUAUAUAUAUAUAUAUAUAUAUAUAUAUAUAGCAAACUUUUGACACUUUUGGGGGACUUGUACACAACUAUUACACAAGAUGCAAACAUUCAUUGAUGCUCAAGAAGACAACACACUACUAUAUGCAUAUGCCAAUGUAUGUAAAUAUUUGUAAUGCAGAUUCUGAAGAGCAGCACUAAAUAAAAAAAAAAAAAUCUUUUAUCUCUUAAAUUUUUAUAAAUUAUGAAAGGGGUGUGAACAUUUAUGAGACAAAAGGGAAUUGCAAACUUAUCUUCUCAACUAUAUAUACUGUUUAUUAAACCUCUGAUGAAUGGGUUAUCAACUGACUUUCUAUCUUGUUUCUGAACAGCAGUCUAAAUUGAGAAAAUCUGUGAUUUGGCUACUAAAAACAGCCAAAGGAGUCUGGAGCCCUGAUAUUGUAAAAUGUAGAUUAUUGUAGGAGUGCACAUUUUAUAUAAUUUAUUUGUUUGAAUGAGCAGCUGUAAGCAGUGAAGCGAAAGUAUUUCAAAAUAAGAGUCCCCAGUGUAUUUCAAAGUUAAAGUGCCUUUAAAGUUAAAAGUUCCACGCUAUGAAUCAAAUUCAAUUUGGACUCUUGUAGCCUCUGUCCGGCCCUCCCCAUCACAGGAAGGAAAGAUUAAGAACAUUAAAUAAUGGCUACCAAAUUUAAAAACUAUUGGCAGAUUAUAAUUUCAACACAUUAUCAAAUCAGCACAAUCCAAUAUCUGUCAACCUCUAAUUUGUAUUGACUUAUAUAAUGGUACAGUAUUAAUUUUAUUGGUUCAGGUCUUGAAAAAGGUCUUAAAAAGUCUUAAAUUUGACUUUAAAAACUCUGCAGCAACCAUGUUGUAACAGGCCGAAUAUUGAGGAGUCAGACGCUCAUUUUCACAAAAUAAACACCAACAGAACUCUGAGGCAAACCGGAGGUUGAUUCCAGCUGUUCAGCGAUUUCUUUCUUCUCAAACUGUAUAAUUUCAGUGCAAACCAAUAUUUAACGUCCAUGUAUUUAUUUAUUUGAUAAGUAGCCAUGUAAUAAGCAGGAUAAUGUACAG